AGUGAGUGGGGAGGGGACGCAACAGGAAGUGUGGCGCGUACACUGAAGCUGCCGUGGUCGCUGCCGUAAGCUCAUCAUAUCUGUAAACAUUAUUAGAAAUGGACGCCACUGUGAUUUUACCAAUAUUGAAGAAAAAACUUGCCUUCCUUUCAGGGGGAAAAGACAGACGAAGUGGCCUCAUUCUGACAAUUCCAUUGUGCUCCGAGCAGACUAAUAUGGAUGAGCUUAGUGUCACGUUGGACUACUUGCUCAGCAUCCCAAGCGAUAAGUGCAAAGCAAGAGGCUUCACGGUCAUCGUAGACGGAAGGAAAUCACAAUGGAAUAUAGUCAAGACUGUAGUCCUGAUGCUUCAGAAUGUCGUUCCAGCCGAAGUGUCUUUGGUUUGUGUAGUAAAGCCAGAUGAGUUUUGGGAUAAGAAAGUAACACAUUUCUGUUUCUGGAAAGAGAAGGACAGACUGGGAUUUGAAGUUAUAUUGGUUUCUGGCAACAAAUUGACAAGAUACAUAGAACCAUGUCAACUAACAGAAGAGUUUGGUGGGAGCCUCACUUACGAUCACAUGGAUUGGCUGAAUAAAAGGCUUGUAUUUGAAAAGUUCACAAAAGAGUCUACAUCAUUGCUGGAUGAGUUAGCUGUUAUCAACAAUGGAAGUGAUAAGGGAAACCAGAAUGAAAAGGAGAGGAGCAUGGAUUUCAAUUAUCUACCCUCUGUUGACCCAGAAACUGUUCUACAAACUGGACACGAGCUGCUCUCUGAACUACAGCAACGCAGGUUCAAUGGGUCUGAGGGAGGGGUUUCAUGGUCUCCAAUGGAUGAUGAACUUCUGGCACAACCUCAGGUCAUGAAGCUUCUCGACUCUUUGCGAGAGCAAUAUACCAGAUACCAGGAAGUAUGCAGACAAAGAAGUAAACGCACUCAACUUGAUGAGGUCCAACAGAAAGUUAUGCAGGUUGUGAACUGGUUGGAAGGACCAGGGUCUGAACAGCUACGAACCCAGUGGGGAAUUGGAGACUCAAUCAGAGCUUCUCAGGCUUUACAACAAAAGCACGAGGAGAUUGAAAGUCAACACAGCGAAUGGUUUGCAGUGUAUGUUGAACUGAAUCAGCAGAUCGCCGCUCUGCUUAAUGCCGGAGAUGAAGAGGAUCUGGUGGAGCUGAAGACUCUACAACAAAGACUUAGUGAUGUUUGUUACCGCCAGGCCAGCCAGUUAGAAUUCCGGCAAAACCUACUUCAGGCAGCACUAGAAUUUCAUGGGGUGGCCCAAGAUUUAUCACAGCAGUUGGAUGGCUUACUGGGGAUGCUGUGUGUGGACGUGCCCCCUACAGAUGGAGCAGCGAUCCAGCAAACCUUAAAACUGCUUGAGGAGAAGCUCAAGAGUGUUGAUACAGGCCUCCAAGGUCUACGUGAGAAAGGUCAAGGUCUUCUAGAUCAAAUUACAAACCAAGCUUCUUGGGCUUAUGGGAAAGAUGUUUCUACUGAAAACAAAGACAAUGUCGAUCACGUUCAAGGAGUAAUGGAGGACAUGCAACUUAGAAAGCAAAGGUGUGAAGACAUGGUUGAUGUCCGAAGGUUAAAAAUGCUUCAGAUGGUUCAGCUAUUUAAAUGUGAAGAAGAUGCAGCUCAGGCAGUAGAUUGGCUGAAUGAAUUGUUAGAUGCACUAUUAAAGACUCAUAUUCGAUUGGGAGACGACCGACAAGAAACUACAACAUUGUUAGAAAAACACAGAAAAUUUGUUGACGUUGCCCAGAGUACCUAUGAUUAUGGCCGACAGCUACUGCAAGCCACUGUUGUAUUGUGUCAGUCUCUGCGAUGUACGUCAAGGUCAUCAGGAGACACGCUCCCGAAGCUAAACAGAGUAUGGAAGCAGUUCAACAUAACCUCAGAAGAGAGAAUUCAGCGGCUAGAAAUGGCUCUUGCGUUUCAUUCAAACGCGGAAAAGAUUUUACAGGAUUGCCCAGACCUUCCAGAAUCUGUAAUGGAUUUUGAGCAAUUUGAUGAAGUUGAAGCUAUUGGGAAAUCCCUUCUGGACCGAUUAACAGUGCCUGUUGUAUAUCCUGAUGGAUCUGAGCAGUAUUUUGGAAGCCCCAGUGACAUGGCUUCUACAGCAGAACACAUCAGGGAACAAAUCAAGAUGAUUUGCCUAAAAAAACAGCAGCUCCUGGAGUCCAAUAUGUCCUCAAGGGAGAGCUAAUAGACUUUGCUUUGGCCAGUAAAAAGGCUGCAGGUUGAAGACAGCAUGUCGUCGGCAUAAUGCAACAUUCAGUAUACUCCCAUUAAAAUUCAUUUCACCAACAUCGUCUCAAUCUAAACAUUCUCUGUGUAUUGUAACAUUUUCCAUUAUGAGCCUUACUUAUAUAAUGUGCUGUGAAUUUAUAAACUCAAAGUAUCUUAAACAAAAGUGUAAUUGUUGCACUGAACACUUCCUUGGCCCUUAAGCGUUCAUACGGUAACUGCAACACCCGGCUGGUUAAUGUGUUACAAGUGCCUCUGAUUAGCACGCAGGCUGAAAGCUUUAUAUUAUAUGGCAGUUAAUUCUUAGUUAAGCGGGUUGACAAAAGCUUUUAUUGGUGCUACCAAAAAGUGAAGGAUUUCUCCAUAAUAAUAAUAAUAAUGUUAACAUUAAAAAAAAAAAAAAAUAAUAUGAAGAAGAGGAAUGGGACAAGUGCUGACGCUGAUCGGAUAACUUAGUAUUUUUAGGACGUGGGUAAUUUCCCUGUUGUUUUUAGGCUGUAGCGUACUUCAACUUUUAUCUAAAGACAUUUCAUUUUUUUUAUUGUGCCAUUAUUAUGCAACUUGUCCAUUAGAACUUUGAUAUAUCAUGGUCAUGAAACGGAUGUUUUCUUACUUGUAUGGAACAAUGUAUUUAAAUCUGUUUGUGCUAAAUAAAAUCAUGUUCGUAAGA